ACAAAGGAGGGCGGGGACGAGCCCCACUCGGUUUGAAACAGGUUUGAAAGCAGCCGUUAGACGCUACAACCAUACAACGAGAAGUCUCUGCCAACACGCGCACAAAACGAGCUCGCCGUCACUUCCGGUGGGAGGAGUUACGGCAGUUGUCUUUUCUGGCAGCCGAAAUCACAGCUUGGUAGACACAGGACAUUAAACCAUAACAGAGAAACCUAAAGAAAUAAACGAGUUCUCACAGAAUGUCUUCAUUAAGCAGUAAAUCCACGCAGGAAAUAAUUGACCUGCUCGAUGAUUACGGGAUAAAGCACGGGCCUGUGGUUGACUCCACUAGAAGUCUGUAUGAAAGGAAGAUUAAAGAGGCCAUGGCCAGAGGGAAGAAAGUGAAACUAUCACCUGACAAAACCUUCUACAGAGAAGAAGAGGAGGAGGUCACCUAUGUCUACAGGGCACCUGUGAGGAGCGAUGGAGCAGGAGACAGUGGGUCUUACUCGAGGUCUCAACAAGAGUGGACUGAGAGAGAACAUGAUGGGUCUUUCUCAAGAUCAAGACCAGAGUGGACUGAGAGAGAACACGAUGUGUCUUUCUCGAGGCCAAAACCAGAGUGGACUCAGAGAGAACACGAAAAGUCCUACUCCGGCUACACACGGACUCAGCCUGAAUACAGAGGAAAGGAUACAGCUAAUGAACCCUACAUGUACGACACACCAUCCACCUACAGAUCAUCCUAUUUAAAAUCAACACCCAUGAAACCUGCGCAGCAGGCACCGCAGACCCCCCAGUCAUCGCGCCUCAUCCCCCUCUGGGUUCAGUUUGUUUUUUUCCUGGCCGUGGCCGCAUUCCUCUACAUCGUCUUUUCCAGUAUGGAGACGAACGAGUCCCUCAAAGGAUUAGAAUGAUUUUAGUUCUACUCAUUCUCAGUUUGUUGGAGAGUUUCACUUUAUUACGCAUUUUAAUAUGGGGGAAUGUAUUUUGAUUCACGCAUUUAUUUUAGAAAUGUCAUUUUGAGAUUUUUGAGAUAUUUUUUUGUUUGAAUUGCCAUUAAUUUUUGCUUGCUUCGCAUAAAGGUAAAAUAUACAUUUACCAGCCAUCUUCACUCAGCUACACUUAGAUGAAAGGAUGACUUUGUCAAGUACAGAUCACUAACAUCACAAUUGCAGCUUCCUCUAACUUGAUCAGUUGCUUUUUGUCAAUGCAGAUGGUGCUGGGGUGACCUGUUAAAAUAUUGGAGCUCCAAGGUUUGCAGUUCUGAAUUUGCCAAGGAAUUACAUUUCAGAAGCCCAACUCAUUCUAAAUAUUACGCCACAGUUUCAAAGUAAUCCUGCAAUCAACAAUUAAGGGUCAGUGAAUUGUUUGAAAGAGUAAUCUAAUAUUUAGAAAGCCUUAUGAAGAUUUUGUUGGCACAUUGCACAUUUAAAAACUGCAAAGCAUGUUACUCAACUCCUUAAUGUUCCUGAGUCUCAACCAAAAAUGUCCACUGUUGAACCUCAGGAGCUGACAGUGGAUCUAUCUGCAUGGGAAGAUAACACUUUAUCCACGUUAAAGUAUUAUUGAUGAGAAAUAUCCUAGACAUUUCCAUCAAAGUUAAUAGUUCCAGUUGGUCUAAAAAAACAACUAAAACAGAAGCGUCACGUUUCCAAUCAAACACUAAACUUGUGUCACUAUGAAUAUUGAGUAAUCUGCAGUUUAAUAUUAAAUACAUUGCAGCAGGGUUCAAUGCGUUUUUUCAUUUUAUUGUACUUUUAAAAAGCUUGUGUGCGCUGUCUUUCAUUUUGUGUAUCUUGUCCAUAGAGCAGUGUGUCCAGUACUUGUAGUUUGUAUUAUAACACAGUUUUGACAGAUUUAAUCCAAGGGUCUCAUCAGUUUAUUGGACUUUUUGGUUUUGAUUCUAGUGUUGUUUUUUGAGAAAAUUUGAGAAAAGCUUUAUCUUGUGGGGGAAAGAAAACCAAACUUUCGUUACAACUUGUAAUAACAUUUUAACUUUUAAGUCGACUCAGACAAAGUAUUUCACGUUUUACAUCCUGUGGAGUCUAAUGUUCUGUUUGUAUCACUGUUUUCUAUUCAAACUAUAAAAAACGUGUUUAUUCAAACA